GUUUGACAAUGGCAGUUCCAUAAUUCUUACCACUUUGGGAGGCCAUUUAAGUACUUGUAAAAUCGUAGUACAUGCGUUAAGGUUACGAUUGAGGGUCACUUUUAACACUUUCGCCGGGUGAUAGGAAGCGACGUCCCUUUAUAUUUUGGCCGUCGUCAACAAACGGCGUCGCUGCAAGUCACGCCCGCCGGGGAAUAUUUCAAUCUUUGGAAAAAAAAUGUGAUUAAAUAUAUGAACAGAGAACUGAAUUCCAAAACCUUGUUAGGUUGAUCUAUUUUUUUUUUCUUUCAUGCGCGUGCGAAUUUGUUGUUGCUCUAGAAAGCUAUAAAUUCUAGUAUAAAAAAUUGUGCUCCAUAUUAUAUUGAAAAAAGUAUCGGUUUUGGUAUUAAAUUAUUCAGAAAUUUUGUAAUUGGAAUUUCCCAUAAUUAUCUUAGGGAAGUAUACAAUAUCGCUUUCCGAGGAGAAUUUUCCUAUGCCACAUACUUCCAUUGCAAAAUUCCAUCUUUUCAUUGUUUGAUUGAAAGAUUCACGAUUUGAAAGAGAGAAUAGAAAAGAAGAUGCUGUGUCAAAUACUGCGACGGAAGAGGAAAACUGGAGCAGUUCCAGUUUACCUGAAUGUGUACGAUCUCACUCCCAUUAAUGGCUAUGCUUAUUGGCUUGGCCUUGGUGUUUACCAUUCUGGUGUUCAAGUUCAUGGAGUCGAAUAUGCAUUUGGUGCUCAUGAACAUCCGACUACUGGGAUAUUUGAAGUGGAACCAAAGCAAUGCCCUGGUUUUACGUUUAGAAAAUCAAUUCUUAUAGGGAGAACAGACUUGGGGCCAAAAGAGGUCCGGGCAUUUAUGGAGAAACUGGCAGAGGAGUAUACUGGUCACUCCUACAAUCUAAUCACAAAAAACUGCAAUCAUUUUUGCAGUGACGUCUGCGUUCGGUUAACAGGGAAGCCAAUUCCUCGAUGGGUGAACCGACUGGCACGACUUGGCUUUCUGUGCAAUUGUGUCCUACCAGCCAGUUUGAAUGAGACAAAGGUCCGGCACAUUAGGGCAGAAGAUAGGAGCAUUGAGAAGAAAAAACUACGAAGCCAUUCAAGUAGGUUCGUAGCCUCUUCUAAUCGACCUAGCUUGUCCUCUCGUACUUCAGGAUCUGCAUCGUCGAGUAGUAGACACAGAAGUCGUCAUCCUCCAGCCGUGCCCUUGAUUCGUUCAACGUCACCAUCAAUAUUGAAGCUUUAGAGUUAUGGCUUUUCUUUCUUUCAUGACGCAAUAGGCUUUCAUAGUACUAGACACGAGGGGUGAGAAAGAAGAUUAUGAUUGUUUUUCUUGAAAUUGUUCUUAAAAAAAGGAAGCUGCUUGGAAAAAAUAUGUGCAGCAUUUGUGAAUCUGUAAAUUAGACAAAUUGUAUGGUGAUUUUGUGAUAAUUGUAGAGCGUUUUUUAUUUAUUUAUUAUUUUUGGUGGAAUUUGUAAUCAGCUUUUUGUAAAUGUCGACCAGGUGGUUCUAGAGUGUGGUUUUUAGUUGAAUGAGCACAUGACAAAAGUAGUUAUUAUA